AUGUCCUUACGACUUCCAAGUCAAAAUAAAUUCAGGCCAAACUUCAAGCCUGGUCAAAAGAAAGCUCCAAUCAUCAGACCUCCGCAUAAUAAUCCGCCAACCUCAAGUCAAACGACCGUUGCUCCGUCAAAACAAGCUAUCGCAUCUCAAAAUCUAAUUUCAAAAUCUCCUCAAUCUACAGCUCCAUCUGCAUCCGUACCUCAACCUUCACCAUCCCCCGGUGGUGCACCUGUACCAUCCCAGACCUCACCUGCUCAAUCAAUCAAAUCCACGCCGAAUGUGAUCUCGACACCUAUUCCUUCAUCGCAAAUCAGAGCUAUUCGAGCAGGCACGUCUAGUCACAAUGAUCCGGAAGCGUCGGGCCUGACAAAUACGCCUACCGCGACUGCUUCUAUCAAUGAAGCUCCCGUGUCCAACCCUACAGCACCUGCUGUCUCUGCGUCCGCUCCUGCUCCUCCGACACCUCAGUCAUCAAUUGCAAAGUCAAUUGUUAACGGCACAAAUGGUCCUGCUUUGCUUGCUCCGCCAGCCCAACCCCCCAAACUGUCUCUUUUAGAUGCGGCUCGAAACCACUCUUCCACAGCUCCUUCACCAGGUACAAUCCGACGUCGUACUCCUUCCAUAUCAUCUCGAUCUAUGCGAGCGCCAUCUCUUACUCCUCAGCCUGGACGAGCCUCUUCUGUCACUCCUCAAUAUCAACGCGCACCCUCUGUGACGCCCCAAAGGGCACCAUCGGUGACCCCUCAACCAAGGCGUGAACCAUCUGUUACUCCUCAACCACCUCAUUCAUCUGGCGCCCCUCCAUCUCUGGGUGUCACUGCUCCUUCUCGCUCCGUAACUCCAGCAUUUCCCCCUUCUUUGGGUGCUACACUACCUUCCCUACGUGCAGAGCUUUCAGGUCUUCCCCCUUCACUCGGUAAAUCGGCACCGUCACCUAGUCCAGCGAAUUUGGGCUUUCCGCCUUCUCUCGGCACAUCAUCAUCUUCACCUGCUCCUCGACCAAUCCAAUCAACGAGAUCCGCAGACACUGCUGCUCUGGCUGCUGCUGCUGUGGAAUCAAUAAUGCGGCCCAGAGCACCCAAGCAACCUGUUCGUAAAGGUAAAAGGCGAAUUACCAAAGGUGCCGCUCCGCUUGCGAAAUCCACUACACCGGAUGGUGAAGAAAAUUCAGCUUCUGGGCCUAAGAGACCAGCACGAUUACCAGCGAAAAGAUCUGUGGUUCGUGCGAAUACGGAAGAUCGAGUAACGAGUGAAGAUGAUGAAGAAUCGGUCCUUUCAAAUGAGUCGGGGUCUGGCGAAAAAAGGAAAAGUGCUACUCAAGAUGGAUCUAGGUCCAGGCCCUCCAAAAGACAGAAGAAAGAUCGCAUUCCUGGCGUUGCAACUGUCUCUUUACAAGAGUACCAAGCCGAUGAGAUAGUAGGUGAAGAUGUUGAUGAAGUGGUUGUCACCAUGGCAGAUCUUGCAACCACUCUUGCGGCUCAAGGGAAAGUGUCGCAAAGAGCGAUCAGAAUUGAUGAGUUCAAGCGAACACAAGAUCAAAAGAAACGCGAAGAGAAUCGAAUUAAAUCAGAACAAACUUGGAAACGAAAUCAAAUCAAACGUAGAAAAGUUCGAGCUACCAAAAACCAAGAUCGAGCGAAAAGAAGAGAAGAAUUUGGCAAAUUGGGCAUGAACGAAGGAGAUGUCAGUCCUGAUGAAGAAGAUUCAGAGGAAGAGUUUGAUCAUGAACCUGAAAGGUUAACACCUGAAUCGACACCGGAGCCUGAACUAAGAAGGGAAAGCCAACUGCCUCCUGAAGUAGAUGAGGAUAAUGAGUGGAACGAACAAGGAGAAGAUGAUGAAUGGAACGAUGUUGCUGCCAACGAUAACGGAGAUGGCGAUGAACCGUUAUUUGACGACGCAGCAAGUCAGAUUGGACAAGUAGAAGGAGAACCAUUAUCCUUGGCAGAUAUUGCAGCUCAGGAAGAAGCAGAAGCUGAUCGACAGGCAUUGAGAGACUUGGGCAUUCAGAUCAGAGAUGAUGAUCAAAUAGCACAAGAUGAAGGUGAAGACGAAGACGACGACGACGACGAAGAAUUCGAGAGACGGAUAAGGGAGAAUCAAGACGAUUACGUGAUUGAUUACAGGGUCAUGCAAGAGAGAGAUAGAAGAAGACUCGAAGAAGAAAGAGAAAGAGAUCAAGGUGAAGUAAUGGAAAUCGAUGAUGAAACUAGAUUUAUCAACGCAAACAGUUAUUCUAAAUACACAAAACCUUUAAGAUGGACUGUUCUGGAGACGGAAUUGUUUUUCCAAGUACUCGAAGAAACGGGUGAAAACUAUACUUUGAUGAAAGCGUAUUUCCCUGGAAGAACUAUCAAACAACUUAAAUUGAAAGGAUUAAGAGAGAAUAGAGCGAAUCCAGAGAAAAUGACGAGAGCUAUUCUAGCCAGAAAACCUAUGGAUAAAGCAUACCUCAGUAAAUCAGCUGGGUAUGAUCCUCUCAAACCAUGGGAUAAAGAGCAAGCUUUAUUUGAAGAAGCUAAGAAUGACGCUGAUAAACUAAGAAGGAUGGACAGUGAAAGACCAGAGGGAUUGCAGGAAAUCGAGGAAGGCAAUGAAGAAGAGGGAGCUGAGCACGUGGAUGAAUCUGGGGUGUAUGAGGACGAAGCGUACGAAGAAGGUGGAGACGAUGAAGGAGGAGACGAAGAACUCAAGGAGGGUGAUGAAUGA